UUUUUAGGCCAAAGGACUUCAUUUUAGACACACGGAUAACACAGUGCAGUGGAUCAGAGCGAUGGAGGUUGUUGGAUUACCAUCGAUCUUUUAUCCAGAAACCACAGAUGUGUAUGAUAGAAAAAACAUGCCCAAGACUGUCUACUGCCUUCAUGCACUCAGCUUAUAUCUGUUCAAGCUUGGUAUUGCCCCUCAGAUACAGGAUCUAUACGGAAAAGUGGACUUCACAGAGGAGGAGAUUAGUGCUAUGCAGAGUGAGCUUGAUAAGUAUGGUAUCCAGAUGCCCCAGUUUCACAAGAUUGGUGGGAUCCUAGCCAACGAGCUCUCUGUUGAUGACGCUGCAGUCCACGCGGCCGUGAUCGCCAUCAACGAGGCCAUCGACAAGCAGGUUCCUUCCGACACGAUGACGGCGCUCCGGAAUCCCAACGCCCUCAUGCAGAACAUGGACGACAAUAACCAAGAUGCCUACCAAGAUUGCCUGUAUGAUGCCAAGCUAGCCAAGGCACAGAUUGCCCUCAAUAAGUCAACUAUAGAAGCAGAAGAAGACAUGGAUGCCUAUGACAUGCUGCUUACACAGGCAGAGAUACAGGGAAACCUAAACAAAGUCAAUCUGAAUACCCAACUGGACAAGGUGAACGACCUCCUGGAUACCCAGAAUGCAUCUGAACUGGUUGAAGUACUGAUGAAAGCAGGCCUAGGACUCAAGGAUGUUUCAAGGGAGAAUGCAGACUGGUAUCUUAAAAUCCUACAGCAGGCUAAGCAAAAUAAAAUAGAGGCUACUGGUAACCCCUACCCUAGAUUAGAGAAGGAAGAGGUCCAAGCUGGUGUCAACGCAGCUAACAUCCUAGCCAAGGAAGAAAAAGAUGUGGGUUUUGCAAUUCAAAACAUCAACUCAUUGAUCGACAACGGCACCCCGGAACAGCUUGUAGCCGCUCUAUCCAGACCGGAGGCUCAGCUCCCACACGUACACCCAUACUGCCAUGCACUCUACAAAACAGAACUAGCAAGACUCAAGAUUAGCAAUGAAGGGGACCUAAACCUGGAGCAGCUACAAGAUGCAGUCAGAGUUCUGUCAGCGGUGGCUAUGAUCAACCAGAGCAUUGAUUCGGGUCAAUCGAGUAAAACAGCUGAACUCUUACUCCAACAAGAUGCUUGCCUGGCUGAUGUGGAACAGGGCAGUUCUUACCAUCAGAGAUACCAAGAUCAGCUGCUUGCUAUCAAGAGAGCUAAAGCCAAGGAAGGGGAAGAUUUCUUGACACAAGAAGAGAUCCAAGAGGUAGUGGAUGCAGUCAACUCUGAAGUACAGGAAGAACAUCAACGUAUAAUGGCCGUAGCAGCAAUCAACGAAGCCAUCGAUGGAGGGGAUCCUGAACAGACCUUGAAAGCUCUUCAGAUGCCUGUGGCUAAACUAAGAGAGGUAGAAGAGCCCAACACUGUCCUCUACCAGAGGGUCCUACAUGCCGAGAAAGAGCGGAAAGGAAAGACCCAAGGAGAUGACCAGGCUGUGUUGUGGCUGGAUGAGAUACAAGGAGGAGUUGAUAAAGCUAACAAGCAGACCAUAGCUGCUAGUAAAUUGGCUGUUGGCGUAGCGACAAUCAACAUGCUUAUUGAGGAAGGAGACGGUUCAACUCUGGUCGAAGCCCUCAAGAGUUCUGAUGUAGGUCUAAGGUCUGUCAAGCCAGACUGCGGAGACGAGUACCUCCAGGACCUGAAAGAAUUCAAAAACAACAAAGCGCAAGCUGGUGAUGGUGGAGAUUGGACGUGUCAUCGAACGCCAGAGGGAGAUGAUUUCUAUUUCAACCUAACGACUAUGGAAUCAAGCUGGGUUCAACCUCCAGACUAUGCACCUAGUAAUUCACAACUCUCUAAAGAAGAAAUUCAGCAAGUGGUAUCGAGAAUAACCGAAGCCAAGAACCGCGCCUUACUCUUUGAAGCCAACGAGGGAAACAUAGUCACCCUCCAGGCCCAUGCCAGGGGGAUGAUCGCUCGCAGGAAAUUCCAGGAACGUCGGAACUACCUUCACAAUCAGAUCCCUGCCAUAGUUAGGAUACAGAGCUUUGUCAAGGGAUGGAGACAGAAGAGAGCAUACAGGGAUAGGCUUGGGUACCUCAAGGACCAGGAACCAUCGAUUGUUACGCUUCAAUCCUAUGCCAGAAUGACUUCAGCUCGUAAAGCUUACCAGAACAGACUCAAGUACUUCAGGGAUAAUGCCAAUGCCAUCAUCAAGCUUCAAGCUUUCUGGAGAUCAAACAGAGCGAGACACGAUUACCACAUUCUCACUCAUUCUGACAUGCCACCUGUCACUGUGGUUAGGAAGUUUGUUCAUCUUCUUGAACAGAAUGAAGUGGAUUUGUCUGAAGAACUUGAACUUCAAGAGAUGCGAGGGAAAGUUGUAAAGCAGAUCCGUGCCAACCAGCAGGCAGAGAACGAUCUCAAUCUAAUGGAUAUCAAGAUUGGACUUCUUGUCAAAAAUAGGAUCACAUUACAGGAUGUUGUGAGUCACGGUCGUAAGAUGAAGCGUUCAGUCCAAGCCAGCCAGCCUCAGGGUCUGAAGACCCUCAGCAAAGAGAAACGUGACAUGCUGGAAGCAUACCAGCAUCUCUUCUAUCUCCUGCAAACCAACCCUACCUACCUGGCCAAGCUGAUCUUCGCCAUGCCUCAGAGUCGAACUACCAAGUUCAUGGAAUCGGUGAUCCUCACCCUCUACAACUACGCAGCCAAUCAGAGAGAAGAAUACCUCCUACUCAAGCUUUUCAAAACCGCCCUCGAGGAGGAGAUCAGGUCAUUACAGUCUGGAAUAAAUUCCAAAGUGGAUAGGAUGAUGGAGAUCGUGACAGGUAACCCUAUGGUCAUCAGGAUGGUCGUCACAUUCAACAGAGGUCAGAAAGGUCAGAGUUCACUGAGGGACAUCCUCCAGCCGUUGGUAAAGGGUGUGAUGGAUGAUAAGAAUCUAAACAUCAAUACCAAUCCUGUUGAGGUCUACAAGCAGUGGAUUAAUCAGAUGGAAACACAGACCGGAGAAGCCAGCAAGCUACCUUACGAUGUCCCAUCAGAUCAAGCCUUGAAACACAAGGAAGUCUUGGAGAGAUUAGAUGCAUCCGUUACACAGCUUGGUGAAGUCAGCAAGAGGUUCCUCAAUGCUAUCAUCUCAUCCGUUGAUAUGAUACCGUAUGGUAUCCGUUACAUUGCCAAAGUCCUGCGGGAGUCCCUUCAUGCUAAAUUCCCUGACGCAUCAGAUGAAGAGGUUUUGAAGAUUGUAGGAAACCUGAUCUACUAUAGGUACAUGAAUCCUGCCAUCGUGGCUCCUGAUGCCUUCGACAUCAUCGACAUCGGGGUAGACAAGAUGAUGACGGUGGAACAGAGAAGGAACCUGGGAUCCAUCACCAAAGUACUGCAGAGCAUUGCUUCAGGGAAACAGUUCCUUGAGGAGAAUCUACAUCUUACCAAACUGAAUGACCUAGUUAUCAAGUCCUUUGAGAAAUUCAAGGAUUUCUGUAGGAAAGUGUGUGAUGUCCCAGAGCCAGAGGUCAAGUUUAACAUCAAUGAAUACUCAGACUUUGUGAAUCCAUCCAAACCCAUCGUCUUCAUCUCUGUCAAAGAAAUCAUUGAUACACAUGCACAACUUCUAGAGAAUCUUGAGGUGCUUGCCUCAGAUCAGAAUGAUCCUAUUCAUGAACUCCUUGAAGAUCUCGGAGAGGUGCCUUCUGUAGAAGAUAUCUUAGGUGAUACUCCAAGUGACAUACCGGAGCAACAGAUAGAGGCUUUGGUCCAGAACAUGGCUAAGACUGAGAUCUCUCUCACUCUCACCAACAAGUUUGAGAUCCAUGAAGACGAUGACAGCGAUAAGAAGAGGCUCUUCAUUAAAACCAAGAGGUUACUUGUUGAUAUCAUCAGAUGUCAGGCAGGGGAAACCAUACAACAGAUCUUACAGACAGAAGCUAAUGAAGACCAGGAAGAGGAGCAUAAUAGAUUGAUAGAUCAGAGGAUGAAGAGAGAUGCUAAGGCAAGUGAAGAAAGUAAAAUGACGAGAAAUACAUCACAACUAGAAGAUAGCAAGCUCCCUCUUGAGGCCAAGAAGCGAAAGGUUGAGCGUAGCCUGAAGAUCUUGGCGGAAGCUGAGCUUGUUUCUGAGAAAGAUAAUCACCAAACCAUGGUCAAUGCUAUCGCACAGGAUAUUCGAAACCAGAGGAGAUACCGUCAGCGACGUAAGCAAGACAUAGUGAAACUCAGAUCAACGUAUAAUGGUCUGGAAUCUAAAUCAACCUUCUACAAUGAACAGAGUGAUUAUUACGCACAGUACAUCAAGACUUGUCUAGAUAACCUACAGGCUAAACGAUCAUCAAAGGCCAAGGCAAAGGACAGCAAGUCGGCCCUGAAAUACAACGCAGCAAGACUGCAUGAGAAGGGUGUGAUCCUAGAGAUCGAUGGAUUAGAACAAUCACAAUUCAAGAACGUCAUGUUUGAGAUCUCGGCUACCAAUGUGCCCGGUGUUUUUGAUGUGUCGGCUAAAUUCCUUGGAGUCAAGAUGGAUAGCGUAGAACUUGUUUUCCAGGAUCUUCUUCAGCUACAGUACGAGGGCGCCGCAGUGAUGAACAUGUUCGGCAGAGCAAAGAUCAACGUCAAUCUCCUUAUCUUCCUCCUCAACAAGAAGUUCUACGGCAAGUAGGAGUUCAGUGAUGUCGCUAGGUAUGGCAACGAUACAUAGGCUUUGUAAAGUUUGUAAUAUAUUGUAAAGUACAUAUGAACUCUUAUAUUGAAAUAUAGAUUGUUUUAUAAAUGACCUAAAAUAUGUUGGGUACAAACGUUGGAAGAGGUGGGGUAUUUUUGUGUGGAUAAUGAAGUGAGAUGCUUGGAAAUGGGCGUAAUUGAUAACAAAUUAGUGGUAGCUUUUGUUCUGGUUCUAUUUACCAUACUAUUUUUUACUCUUGAUGAUUUUCUUAUAAUUUUCAAUUAAUUGUGCCAUUUUUUUUGUAGAUUCCUGAUGUGUCGGAUCUAUGACCAAAUUGUUGAAUAUAAUUCACUUCUAUGGUUGUUUUUUAUUAUUAUUGUUAUUAUCAAAAUAAUGUUGAAAAAAUAAAAAAAUGUUUGAUUAAAUACAGAUUGUCAUAAAUUGUUUAAUAUUGAAUUGAAUUGAAUUUGGAAGAUGAAAUUAAUCCUUUUUUUAAAAUAAAAAUCAUUUUCUCAGGAGAAAUUAAGAAUACUUCUUUGACAAAUGCAAUAAGAAGGUACAUGUAGCACAAUGGAAAACUAGCUAAAUUAAAAUAGAUCAUCUUGACUUAUUUAUAUACAAUAGCCUUGUCUAGGGAUAAUGAUUUUCUCAUUUUCAAAUAAUGUAAACAAAUAUGUAUGUGCCUGAUUCAUAUUCAUUUCAAUUAUAUUAUUAUAAUGUGUUCAAAUAUAAUGAUAUCGUUUUCGUUUAUCAUUGAUUUGUUGAUUUUUGUCAUUCAUUCCACUUUCUUUCAAAGUGACCAAGAGGGUAAUUUGUAGGGGAGAAAUAUGUUUAUGAUUGAUGUUUUUAUGAAACAUUUUUUGGUUUCUCAUAAAAAGCCUUGUAAUUUCAAUGAAGUGGAGAUAAUGUUUGUAGUAAGCCACAGAAGAUCUUCCAAAGUGUUCUUAUAAACCUGUAUGGUCAGCUGAUCAAACAAUAUGCAUUUUUUUCGAAACUUUCUUUAUUUGAAGUGACUCAAAUAGUUCUAGAUUGUCAUGGCAACCAUGGGCUUUCACAGGUUUUUAUAUAGAGUAAUCUUCCAAGCCGAUUUUAAGCCUUCCGUCUUUUUUUACAUCCGCAAAUGAGAGGAAGGUCCCUCUUUCAGGCUUACAAAGUGAAGACUCUGACAUGAAAUAAUGUUCAGGUCAUUUUUGGAUUGAUCGUAAGUUUUGCAUAAGAAAAAGGCGACUUAAUAAGUUUUAAAAACCUAUUGGUUAUUAUUAUUGCUUAUUUCCUGCAAGAAUCUAAGGAUAUUUAUUCAAGUUCAUGGGACAUGAUUUUAACAGAGUCAUCAGUAACAAUGAACUGUUAGUAAUAUACAUGAAUUUUACCAUGGAGAUCUAUAAAUGUAUGUGACUACCCUACUGAUGCAAAGCAUAAAAAGUGAAAAUAUAGUAAUACUAAUGAUCACAAUCCUUUGCAUAUUUCAUAACAACAAAUUUGAAUCAUAUAGUUGUGAUAAUGUAUUUCACAACAUGAAUGAAAUGGUUCAACGAUUAGUAUUAUGAUUUUUCAUCGAAGAAUGAAUUCAUUUGCAAUUUGUCAAUUGCUUUAAUAAGAUACAUGAAUUUAAUUAUCUCCUGCAUAUAUUUGAAUAACGAUCUUCUAUGCAAAGUUUUUUUAUUUUGAUUUCUUGUGUCAAGAAAGUUGCCUUUCAUUUGUAAUGGCUUUUUAUUUAGAAAUGUGUUAGAUGUUAAUAACAUGCUAGCCUUUAGAAGGAAAGCAUGCAUGUAUAUUUGUUUUAUGAAGGAUUAUUGAGUAACUUAUAGUUCUAAAUUGAUUGAAUUCAUUCAACUAAAAAAAAAGAAAUUAUAAAUUGAAAUUUCCUCAAUUGUAAGUUGGUGCUGGGUUUAGUGUUGCUGUAGUGAUGGUUGGUGGCAUGUAGUUCAUAAGUAUAGCAAUCAUGUAUUUUGUAUAUUUAUAUAUAUUUUGCUUGAUAAGUAUAACUUCACUAGCAAUUAAAAUUCUGUCUAUGUCAAUACACCCGUCAUUCUUUAUGGAAAUAUGAUAACAUUGAAUAUUUAUCGUUGCGAUUGCUGAAAAGCAUUUCAAAUUUUGGACUCAUAUCUCUUUUCUUUUAUUUAUUUGGUAUAAAAGAAUAAACGAUGAAAUUAUUAUUGCAGUAAUGCCUCCCUGAAUUUUGUAUCGUUUCUCAGCAGUCUUCUAAAUAUGUGUUUCAUUAAAAAUGAUAUUGUAUCUGUUAUCCUUUUGUAGUCUUUUUCACUUUUGAUUGAAUAUGAGAUAGGGCAUUCCAAAUAAAUAAAUGACACAAGUAUAUAUGUAGCAGGUCAAAGAUGUUUAGUUGAGAACCAGAAGGGCGAUAUUAACAUUGACUUUGUACAGCAAUAGUGUCCUUGUUCUCAACAGAACAUCUUUCAACUCCAAUAAUGCCCUUCUGGCUCCCAACUGAUGAUAUAUACAUAUUUUGUUUAGGUCAGGUUUGAACUUUCAUGCAACUACAUCUAUCAUGUAAGUGUAUAUUCAGAUUUUUUUUACAUCAUAUAUACUUUUUCCUGCUUUUCUUUUUUUUAUUUGAUGCGCAUUGGCAGAGAUCCAUAUGGUAUGCAUGCUACAAUUUAUUAUAUCAUUCUUUUGGAAUUUAUUGUCAAAUAUGUUGUGCAAGCUUUGGUUGAUGUAAAAAACAAUUGUAUAUUUCAUAUUUCAAAUAUGAAUUUAUGUGAGUAGCUGUGUACAAUUUCUAUCAUAUUAAGCUUCUUAUUCUCCUUCCAUUCUCUUGUGAUAUGACCAAUACUUCUUAUGGACCAGAACAUUACCAAAAAUAAUUUGCUGAUUUUUUAACCAAAAUGAAAACAUCUGACAUUUUUUGUUGAUGUUGUUAACAGUUUUGUUUUGUGUUUAAAGGUUUUGAAACCUUUCAAACUACCUUGAAUUCCAGUGUAAAUUUGAGCUGGAAUCGUAAAGAUGACAGAACAAUAUAGAAAAAAAAGAAGGGCUGUUUUUGUUUGAGAUGCAUCCUAUACUAGGGGUUGUUUAGCAUAGCUUGUAUAUUGAAAGUCUUGAUUGUAAUUCGGUUUAGUUUAAAAGUUUUUAUUUGAGCGUAUGUUUCAUGUCUCUCUAUUGUGGCCAUUAUUUUUUGUUUUGUUUAUAAUGUCUUGAUACCAGGCUGCCUGUACCGUUUCAAGUGAAAUAAACAUAAAUAUGAUAAGGGA